AUGCAGUCAACUGAGGCAAAAGAUUGCAAUGAGAAACUUGUAAAUAAGAGUAAACGUACUACCAGCGCUUGUACUGAGUGCCGAAAUUCGAAAAAAAAGUGUGAUGACGAAAAACCUUGUAGUCGCUGUACAAAGAAGAACUUAUUUUGUGAGACCGCUGACAUGUGUAAGAAUUGCAGAUAUAGGAGAUAUGCAAUUAAAGGCAUGUUGUAUUGUAAAAAAUGUACCGAAGAACUUGGUCUGGAAACGACACAAGUAAAUACAAAUAACUAUGACACUGUUUCUGGUCCAAAUAUACUUCUUUACGAGCAUGACUAUUCUAUAGUUGUCGAUGUGUCUUUAGAGGGGUAUGAUAAUACAAUGAAUUUACAAUAUGCCGAUAUGCCUUUAGAGGAAUAUGAUAAUACAAUGAAUCAGAUUUUUUUUAGCUCUUUAAACGAGUAA